UUUUAUUUUUCUGUCUUUGGAUUUAGAUUUAGAUUUACAAAGAAAGAAUUAAAAGAAAAAAAAAACUAUUUUCCUUCAUUUCCUUGCUCUCACUCUAAUUAUGGACCCACCACCACCACAACCACCAUUUUUUCAACUUCCUACAGCUACAAUAACCGGCGCCGCCGUCCACUCCGUCGCACCGCAAACCCAAAUCUUUCCUACUUUUCCGUCACUUCCAGAGCAACUAGCACCAGAAGCAGCAGCUGGAGCUGCAGCUGCUCACAACCACACAGCUUAUGCAGCUACAGCUACAGAUCCAACCGCCGCUCAGUCGUUAAACCACCCGCCGUAUGCUGACAUGAUAUAUGGAGCGAUAACGGCGUUAAAAGAAAGAGACGGGUCAAGCAAGAGAGCAAUAGCUAAGUAUAUAGAGAGCGUUUAUACAGGUCUACCUGAGACUCACUCGGCCUUGUUGACUCAUCACUUGAAACAGUUAAAAAACAACGGUUAUCUCGUUAUGGUAAAAAAUUCUUACGCUCUUCCUAGAUCUGCUGAAACUGUCACCGUUAAUAACUCCGACACCAACAUUUCACCUGCUGCUCUUCCUAAUCUUAAUCCUAAUCCAAAUCCUAAUCCUAAUCCUACUGCCGGCGUUGCUGGUUCUCCUACUGUUGGGUCGAAAAGAGGCCGAGGCCGGCCUCCUAAGCCCAAAUCCACUGAGCCCAAUAAUGCUCCUGCUGCUCCUGUAACGGUUCCUGUCGGACUUUCUAUUUCUCCCAGUGAGGCUAUUAUUUCUGCUGUAGUGAGCCCUCAGAGCCAGGAGGGGGACAAGAGGCGUCCGGGGCGUCCCAAGAAAGUGAGUCCAGUUGGAGGUGGAGGUGCGCCGGUGGCUGUGAGGCCGAGAGGACGGCCGCCGAAGAGCGGGCCGUUUGGGGUGAAGAGGAGCCCGGGGAGACCGAGGAAGCUGAAGUCUGUUGCAUCAAAUGGAGUUAAGAGAGGUCCUAAAAGGCUGCCUAAAUCUGUUGUGGUUCCUUAUGCUAAUAGUGUUGCUGCUGCUGCUGUUGUUUCUCCGAGACCUCGAGGCCGCCCCAAGAAAGGUACCGGUGGUGCGGCUCCUGCUGCCGCUGCACCUGCUGCUUCUGGCUAUGUUGGUGCUGGAGUGGUGCAGGGAAAGCGACCGGGGCGGCCGCCAAAGGCUGCUGUUGGUGCUGGUGUUUUUAGUCAUAAGAAGAGACCUGGUAGGCCUAAGAAGAAUGCAAAUGUAUCUUGGGGAGCAACUGAACCGUCUCAACAGCAAUCGGAAGCAUAUGGAGAUCUGAAGAUGAAAUUUGACUUUUUUCAAUCAAAAGUAAUGCAAGCUGUGGGUGUGUUAAGGCCGCAGUUGACGAACGAAACUCCAGUGAGUGUAGUAGCUGCAAUCCAAGAAUUAGAAGGCCUUGCAUCAAUGGACAUUAAUGCACCACUAAGAGAGGAAGCUCCGCCAGCUCAACCGCCACAGCUUUAACCACAACCGCCACUUCCACCGCUUAUCCAGAAUUAGGAGAAAUGUCCGAAGAUUGUCAAUUUAAUUUGCAGCCUUAGCGGGCUCCGUUAUUAGGAUCAAAAACUAAUUGUUGUUCAUGUGAAGAGUAGGAUGUAGUUUGAUAUUUGAUGAACUGUGGAUGCUCAUUUCUUUCCUUUUUUUUGGGUACUGUAUUCAGUAGAUUUUUCAGUACAAUUGAUCAGAAUUUGCAUUUGGUUCAACAUUACAUGAGUAACAACUCAUGUCUUCUUUGUUAA